AGGCACAUGGGGAAUGCAGAAGCUGAAGCCCUGCUCCUGGAGGAAGUGACAUGCCGUGCUGGAGGCAUCUGCAGCCUGGCUGUUGCCGCGUGAAGGGACUGCGAGCACAAAGCAUCCUCCUCUGCAGCUGCUGCCCAGUGUGCCAGCUGGACCCUCUGGAUCAUCUCCCACUCCCUGUCAUGGGCCCUUGCCAUGGUGCCCUGCAGCCCCUGUCUCUCCUGGUGCAGGCGGCCAUGCUGGCCGUGGCUCUGGCCCAAGGCACCCUGCCUCCCUUCCUGCCCUGUGAGCUCCAGCCCCACGGCCUGGUGAACUGCAACUGGCUGUUCCUGAAGUCCGUGCCCCACUUCUCGGCAGCAGCGCCCCGGGACAAUGUCACCAGCCUUUCCUUGCUCUCCAACCGCAUCCACCACCUCCACGACUCCGACUUUGCCCAACUGUCCAACCUGCAGAAACUCAACCUCAAAUGGAACUGCCCGCCAGCCGGCCUCAGCCCCAUGCAUUUCCCCUGCCACAUGACCAUCGAGCCCAACACUUUCCUGGCUGUACCCACCCUGGAGGAGCUGAACCUGAGCUACAACGGCAUCACGACUGUGCCUGCCCUGCCCAGCUCCCUCGUGUCCCUGAUCCUGAGCCGCACCAACAUCCUGCAGCUAGACCCCACCAGCCUCACGGGCCUGCAUGCCCUACGCUUCCUAUACAUGGAUGGCAACUGCUACUACAAGAACCCCUGCGGGCGGGCCCUGGAGGUGGCCCCAGGCGCCCUCCUUGGCCUGGGCAACCUCACCCACCUGUCACUCAAGUACAACAACCUCACAACGGUGCCCCGCAGCCUGCCCCCUAGCCUGGAGUACCUGCUGUUGUCCUACAACCACAUUGUCACCCUGGCACCUGAGGACCUGGCCAAUCUGACUGCCCUGCGUGUGCUUGAUGUGGGUGGAAACUGCCGCCGCUGUGACCAUGCACGCAACCCCUGCGUGGAGUGCCCACAUAAAUUCCCCCAGCUGCACUCCGACACCUUCAGCCACCUAAGCCGCCUCGAAGGCCUCGUGUUGAAGGAUAGUUCUCUCUACCAGCUGAACCCCAGAUGGUUCCGUGGCCUGGGCAACCUCACAGUGCUCGACCUGAGUGAGAACUUCCUCUACGACUGCAUCACCAAAACCAAGGCAUUCCAGGGCCUGGCCCAGCUGCGAAGACUCAACUUGUCCUUCAAUUACCAUAAGAAGGUGUCCUUCGCCCACCUGACGCUGGCACCCUCCUUCGGGAGCCUGCUCUCCCUGCAGGAACUGGACAUGCAUGGCAUCUUCUUCCGCUCACUCAGCCAGAAGACGCUCCAGCCACUGGCCCGCCUGCCCAUGCUCCAGCGUCUGUAUCUGCAGAUGAACUUCAUCAACCAGGCCCAGCUCGGCGUCUUCAAGGACUUCCCCGGUCUGCGCUACGUAGACCUGUCAGACAACCGCAUCAGUGGAGCUGUGGAGCCGGUGGCCACCACAGGGGAGGUGGAUGGUGGGAAGAAGGUCUGGCUGACAUCCAGGGACCUCACUCCAGGCCCACUGGACACCCCCAGCUCUGAGGACUUCAUGCCAAGCUGCAAGAACCUCAGCUUCACCUUGGACCUGUCACGGAACAACCUGGUAACAGUCCAGCCAGAGAUGUUUGCCCAGCUCUCGCGCCUCCAGUGCCUGCGCCUGAGCCACAACAGCAUCUCGCAGGCGGUCAAUGGCUCACAGUUCGUGCCACUGACCAGCCUGCAGGUGCUGGACUUGUCCCAUAACAAACUGGACCUGUACCAUGGGCGCUCGUUUACGGAGCUGCCGCGACUGGAGGCCCUGGACCUCAGCUACAACAGCCAGCCCUUCAGCAUGCGGGGUGUGGGCCACAACCUCAGCUUUGUGGCCCAGCUGCCCACCCUGCGCUACCUCAGCCUGGCACACAACGGCAUCCACAGCCGUGUGUCCCAGCAGCUCUGCAGCACCUCGCUGUGGGCCCUGGACUUCAGCGGCAAUUCCCUGAGCCAGAUGUGGGCUGAGGGAGACCUCUAUCUCCGCUUCUUCCAAGGCCUGAGAAGCCUGAUCCGGCUAGACCUGUCCCAGAAUCGUCUGCAUACCCUCCUGCCAUGCACCCUGGGUAACCUCCCCAAGAGCUUGCAGCUGCUGCGUCUCCGUAACAAUUACCUGGCCUUCUUCAAUUGGAGCAGCCUGACCCUCCUGCCCAACCUGGAAACCCUGGACCUGGCAGGAAACCAGCUGAAGGCUCUGAGCAAUGGCAGCCUGCCUUCUGGCACCCAGCUCCAGAGGCUGGACGUCAGCAGGAACAGCAUCAUCUUCGUGGUCCCUGGCUUCUUUGCUCUGGCCACGAGGCUGCGAGAGCUCAACCUCAGUGCCAACGCCCUCAGGACAGUGGAGCCCUCCUGGUUUGGUUUCCUAGCAGGCUCCCUUGAAGUCCUAGAUGUGAGCGCCAACCCUCUGCACUGCGCCUGUGGGGCAGCCUUUGUGGACUUCCUGCUGCAGGUGCAGGCUGCCGUGCCUGGUCUGCCCAGCCGCGUCAAGUGUGGCAGUCCGGGCCAGCUCCAGGGCCGCAGCAUCUUCGCACAAGACCUGCGCCUCUGCCUGGACGAGUCCCUCUCCUGGGACUGUUUUGGUCUCUCAUUGCUGGUUGUGGCCCUGGGCCUGGCCAUGCCUAUGUUGCACCACCUCUGCGGCUGGGACCUCUGGUACUGCUUCCACCUGGGCCUGGCCUGGCUGCCCCGGCGGGGGUGGCGGCGGGGCGCGGAUGCCCUGAGCUAUGAUGCCUUUGUGGUCUUCGACAAGGCACAGAGCGCAGUGGCCGACUGGGUGUACAAUGAACUGCGGGUGCGGCUAGAGGAGCGCCGUGGGCGCCGGGCGCUCCGCCUGUGUCUGGAGGAGCGUGACUGGCUACCUGGCAAGACGCUGUUCGAAAACCUGUGGGCCUCAGUCUACAGCAGCCGCAAGAUGCUGUUUGUGCUGGCCCACACGGACCAGGUCAGUGGCCUCUUGCGUGCCAGCUUCCUGCUGGCCCAGCAGCGUCUGCUGGAGGACCGCAAGGACGUUGUGGUGCUGGUAAUCCUGCGUCCUGACGCCCGCCGCUCCCGUUACGUGCGGCUGCGCCAGCGCCUCUGCCGCCAGAGUGUCCUCUUCUGGCCCCAACAGCCUAGUGGUCAGCGCAGCUUCUGGGCCCAGCUAGGCAUGGCCCUGACCAGGGACAACCGCCACUUCUAUAACCAGAACUUCUGCCGGGGCCCGACGAUGGCUGAGUAGCACAGAGUGACAGCCUGGCAUGUACAACCCCCAGCCCUGACCUUGCCUCUCUGCCUAUGAUGCCCAGUCUGCCUCACUCUGUGACGCCCCUGCUCUGCCUCUGCCACCCU